AUGGCGACCGGGCUCGGGGAGCCGGUCUAUGGACUUUCGGAAGAAGAGGGAGAGUCCCGUAUUCUCAGAGUGAAGGUUGUUUCUGGAAUCGAUCUCGCCAAGAAGGACAUCUUCGGAGCCAGUGAUCCGUAUGUGAAACUUUCAUUGUACGUAGCAGAUGAGAAUAGGGAACUUGCUUUGGUACAAACAAAAACAAUUAAAAAGACGCUGAAUCCAAAGUGGAAUGAAGAAUUUUAUUUUAGAGUAAACCCAUCUAAUCACAGACUCUUGUUUGAAGUAUUUGAUGAAAACAGACUGACACGAGACGACUUCCUGGGACAGGUGGACAUACCCCUUAGUCAUCUCCCGACAGAAGACCCAACCAUGGAGCGACCCUACACGUUUAAGGACUUUCUCCUCCGACCAAGAAGUCAUAAAUCUCGGGUUAAGGGAUUUUUGCGAUUGAAAAUGGCCUAUAUGCCCAAAAACGGAGGCCAAGAUGAAGAGAACAGUGAGCAGCGGGAUGAGAUGGAGCCCGGGUGGGAAGUCGUUGACUCCAGUGACUCGGCGUCUCAGCACCAGGAGGAGCUGCCCCCGCCUCCGCUGCCCCCUGGCUGGGAAGAGAAAGUGGACAACCUGGGCCGCACUUACUACGUCAACCACAACAACCGGACAACGCAGUGGCACCGACCCAGCCUAAUGGACGUGUCGUCCGAGUCCGACAGCAACAUCCGGCAGAUCAACCAGGAGGCCGCACACCGCCGCUUCCGCUCGCGCAGACACAUCAGCGAGGACCUGGAGCCGGAGCCCGGCGAGGGCGGGGAGGGCCCCGAGCCUUGGGAGACUAUUUCAGAGGAAGUGAACAUGAGUGGAGACUCACUCAGCCUGGCGCUGCCCCCGCCGCCAGCCUCGCCUGUGUCCCGGACCAGCCCCCAGGAGCUGUCCGAGGAGCUGAGCAGAAGGCUGCAGGUCACUCCCGACUCCAACGGCGAGCAGUUUGGGUCUUUGAUUCAGCGAGAGCCGUCCUCCAGGUUGAGGUCCUGCAGUGUCACCGACGCGGUCGCAGAGCAGGCUCAUCUCCCACCGCCCAGUGCCCCAGCUGGGAGAGCACGUUCAUCAACUGUCACGGGUGGUGAGGCGCCAACGCCAUCAGUGGCCUAUGUACACACCACGCCGGGCCUGCCUUCAGGCUGGGAAGAGAGGAAAGAUGCUAAGGGACGCACAUACUAUGUCAAUCAUAACAAUCGAACCACAACUUGGACUCGGCCUAUCGUGCAGCUCGCAGAAGACGGCGCAUCGGGAUCCACCACAAACAGUAACAACCACCUAAUCGAGCCUCAGAUCCGCCGGCCUCGUAGCCUCAGCUCGCCAACAGUAACUUUAUCCGCCCCGCUGGAGGGCGCCAAGGACUCACCCGUACGUCGGGCUGUGAAAGAUACCCUUUCCAAUCCACAGUCCCCACAGCCAUCACCUUACAACUCCCCCAAACCACAACACAAAGUCACACAGAGCUUCCUGCCGCCCGGCUGGGAGAUGAGGAUAGCGCCCAACGGCCGGCCCUUCUUCAUUGACCACAACACAAAGACCACGACGUGGGAAGAUCCACGCCUGAAAUUUCCAGUACACAUGCGGUCAAAGGCAUCCUUAAACCCCAACGACCUUGGCCCUCUGCCUCCUGGCUGGGAAGAAAGGAUUCACUUGGAUGGCCGGACGUUCUACAUUGACCACAAUAGCAAAAUUACUCAGUGGGAAGACCCAAGACUGCAGAACCCAGCUAUUACUGGUCCGGCUGUUCCUUACUCCAGAGAAUUUAAGCAGAAAUAUGACUACUUUAGGAAGAAAUUAAAGAAACCUGCUGAUAUUCCAAAUAGGUUUGAAAUGAAACUUCACAGAAAUAAUAUAUUUGAAGAGUCCUAUCGGAGAAUCAUGUCUGUGAAAAGACCAGAUGUCCUGAAAGCGAGGCUGUGGAUUGAGUUUGAGUCCGAGAAAGGUCUGGACUACGGGGGCGUGGCCAGAGAGUGGUUCUUCCUACUGUCCAAGGAGAUGUUCAACCCUUACUACGGCCUCUUCGAGUACUCGGCAACGGACAACUACACACUUCAGAUCAAUCCCAAUUCAGGCCUCUGUAAUGAAGAUCAUUUGUCCUAUUUCACUUUUAUUGGAAGAGUUGCUGGACUGGCAGUGUUUCACGGGAAACUUCUAGAUGGUUUCUUCAUUCGACCGUUUUAUAAAAUGAUGCUGGGAAAGCAGAUAACUCUGAACGACAUGGAAUCUGUGGAUAGCGAAUAUUACAACUCUUUGAAAUGGAUCCUAGAAAAUGACCCAACUGAACUGGACCUUAUGUUCUGCAUUGAUGAAGAGAACUUUGGGCAGACGUACCAAGUGGAUCUGAAGCCCAGCGGGUCAGAAAUAAUGGUGACGAACGAGAACAAGAGAGAGUACAUAGACCUAGUCAUCCAGUGGAGGUUCGUGAACAGGGUCCAGAAGCAGAUGAACGCCUUCCUGGAGGGAUUCACAGAACUGCUCCCUAUUGAUUUGAUUAAAAUCUUUGAUGAAAAUGAGCUGGAGUUGCUGAUGUGCGGCCUUGGCGAUGUGGAUGUGAACGACUGGCGACAACAUUCUAUUUACAAGAACGGCUACUGCCCGAACCACCCCGUGAUCCAGUGGUUCUGGAAGGCUGUGCUGCUGAUGGACGCCGAGAAGCGCAUCCGGUUACUGCAGUUUGUCACGGGGACAUCCCGAGUACCUAUGAACGGAUUUGCCGAGCUUUAUGGUUCCAAUGGUCCUCAGCUGUUUACAAUAGAGCAAUGGGGAAGUCCUGAAAAACUGCCCAGAGCUCACACGUGCUUUAAUCGCCUUGACUUACCUCCGUAUGAAACCUUUGAAGAUUUGCGAGAGAAGCUUCUCAUGGCUGUGGAAAAUGCCCAAGGGUUCGAGGGGGUGGAUUAA